AUGUCCGGAACAAAUACUUCAGAAGCAGAAACCGAAAACCGCAUCAAGGAUUACAAGAUUGCGCAGCUCGCCCUAAGGUUAGAAGGUACAAGCAUAUCCUCUCGUCAUUUCGACUCUCUAGACCCAGAUUUCUGGGGUCAACCUGUCACAAAAUCCUCAUCUGCGAUAGUGCUUACUACCUAUGCCGUCAAACUUCCAACAGAUUGGGAGGAAUACAAAGAGCAUGGUGAAGAUCUAUUUUUGUUUUUCAAGGAAGAAUCUGCAGACUGGACAUCAGAAAUUUUCAGCAAAAUCAAAAGUCCAUUUGAGAAGAGAUUCCGCGAUUAUUUCCACAAUAACGGUGUCUAUACUGGCAAAAAGGCAACAACAAUUGGCAUUCCAAUAACGAAUUUACUGAAUGCCGAGGAACUUCGAGAAUGGUCUCAAGUGACCGAAGAAAAUGUAUCUGAUCAAUCACAGCUACUACCACAGCCUACUGUUAUGCGAAAGCAAACCAUUCGCGAGUCAAGUGAAGACCAGUCCAUCUACUCUAAGGCAACAACAUCUAGACAAAAAACCCGGUCUAAUUUCAGGCCUAUUCGUUCCCGUUCUCCUUACCCUCGACAGAAUGAUUAA